AUGGGCGGAAUAGGCAAGACUACUCUAGCUCAAAAAAUAUUCAACGAUGAAAUGGUGAAAAAACAAUUUUCAAAUAGAGUGUGGUUACAUGUAUCCAAGGACUACUCCCACAUUGAGCUACUCAAACAAGUACUGAGAGGUGUAAGAGGAAAUGAUGAUGGUGUUCAAAGUAGAGCAGAAGUUGAAGGCAGAAUUGUUUCUCUUCUUUCAGAAAGUUUGCUUCUUGUGUUGGAUGAUAUAUGGAGCGCAAGUGCAUGGAGAGAUUUGCUCCGAAAUCCUAUUUUGAAUGGUUCGUGUAGGACUGCUAUCUUAUUUACCACUAGACAUGAAGAUGUGGCAACAGAUAUGAGAGCUGAUUUUGUUCACCAUGUUGAGAAAAUGGACGAAGACAAUGGUUGGGAAUUAAUUAGAAAGAUUGUUUUUGAAGAUGGAGAGGAUCAAAUAAUUUCUGAAUUGAAAGAAGUUGGCAUGGAAAUUGUCAGAAAAUGUGAUGGUCUUCCUCUGGCAAUUAAAGUGAUAGCAGGUGUUUUAUUCCGCAAGGAAAGGACUAAGAGGGAGUGGAAAAAAGUUAUUGAAAGUGAUUUAUGGUUUAUGAAAGAGAAUGAAAACGAAGUAUCAAAGGCUUUAUACUUGAGCUAUGAGAAUUUACCUUGUCACCUUAAACAAUGUUUUCUUAGUUGUGCUUUUUACUGUGCCAUAUCAAUUCGAUCAGAUAUAAUCCGACUGUGGGUGGCCGAAGGGUUUGUGAUUGAACGAUCAAAUAGUUUGAUGGAAGAUAUUGCAGAAGACUACUACAAAGAACUCAUUGCAAGCAACUUUUUGCAAAUGGACCAUAUAUUUUUAACAGGUACCAGAUUUGUUAUGCAUGAUAUUUUACGAUCUUUUGGGGAAAAUUUGAUGGUAGAUGAAGGGAUUAUCAUUAAUGAUGGUCAAUGCACAAAUACAAAUUCCUUGACGAAGAUUCGUCAUUUGUCCAUCUCAAACCAAGGCGAUUUGUUAUUGCUUCCCAAUGUGAUAAUAGAGCAAAAGUGUUUAAGAGCCCUACACCUCGUUAAUUGCCCUCAAAUCAAGAAAAUAGAGGACCAUGCAUUUAAGAGCUUAAAGCGUCUCAGAGUCUUGGAUUUGCGUGAUACAUGCAUAGACAACCUCUCAGAUUCUCUUAUGAAAUUGUUGCAUCUAAAAUACUUGGGUCUUGAUCGAACAAAGAUUAGAAAGCUUCCUGAAUCCAUUGAGUGUCUUGCAAACCUGCAUACUUUGAAUCUGUCGGGGUGUGAAUCACUGCAUGAACUUCCAAAAAACAUCACAAGGUUGAGCAAUUUGAGGUGCCUUCGAAUUGAGGAUACUCCCCUCACCCACGUUCCAAAGGGAGUUGGGAAGUUAAAAAAUCUCAACUAUCUUUCUGGAUUUUUGGUCGGCCAUUGUGACUCCAUGAACAAGAUGGAUGGAGGCUGUGACUUGGACGAGUUGCAAUAUUUGUGCAAUCUAAGAUAUUUACGGAUGGAUAAAUUGGAAAGGGCCACAAGUACGGUAAACAGAAACUUUGUGCUUGCGAAUAAAACAUUUCUUAGGAGAUUGACUCUUGGAUGGACAAUGAAUGAUAAUGAAAAUAAUGAGGAGCAAAUCACUGAGGCAGAGAGGAUAUUCAACCAACUCUGUCCUCCACCGACCCUACAAGGUCUUCGCAUCAUUGACAGUUUCCCUGGCCGACAUUUUCCUGAGUGGAUGGUCUCGACUUCUGUCCUCGAUUCUUUGGCUGACCUAACAUUUUUGUGUUUUGUCAAUUUUCCAUCAUGUACGGUGCUCCCUCCUUUGGGCCAACUGCCCAAUCUUAAAAUCCUAGAAAUUGAAGUCGGAGAAGCAAUAAAAAAUAUUGGGCCCGAAUUCUUCGGCUACAGAACGCCUGCAUUCCCAAAACUUGAGUAUCUAGAAUUCAAGAACAUGCCCAAUUGGGAAGCGUGGGUAUUGCGUGAGGCACAGGAUGGUGUGGAUCCUAACGAGGAUGUUCAUGCAAGCAAUCUCAAUUUGUUUCCUAGUCUGAAACAAUGUUUCUUCCGCUACUGUCCAAAGCUGAAAAAUAGCAUCCUUCCCUCAAAUAGGUUAUUGCAAAUUAAUCUCUGUCCAAAGUUGGAAUAUGUGGAGAAGGUUGGCAUGUUGCAGCAAUUGGAAGUUAUUUUCCCCUCUGAAAUAAACCAGCUUCCACAGUGGGUGUCAAGGCUGAUUAAUGGCAUUUUGCAUAGUUUGCAAACAUUUUACAUGGAAUGCAAUUCAGUUCUACUAGAUAGUUGCAGCAAGGGGAAGCAAAAUUGGCACAUCAUUCAACAAAUUCCCAAAGUUACUAUUGAUAGCAUUGAUCGUGAAAGACGCUUAUUGCUCAAUAAGGACUCAUACAAAUAUGAAAUAAAGGAUGAGUUUGGAAGUUUCAUCACCCUUGUAAGUCCUCUAUUUUCUUAA